AACCUAACCAAGGCCACCCUAAACUGCGUUCGCCAAACCUACUCGAAAUAAGCGGAACCUCCCCCCUGCCAGCCAUGAAAACAGUGAGAUCAGACCUGGUCGAUUCGUAUCGGCUCGAGACAGAAUUCCUCCCAAAUUGUGUCCGUCAUACAAAUUAUUCGACGUCCAGGAGAAAGGAAACAAAGGAGGAGUGGAGCGUCUGUGAGCACCUCGGUAGGGGGAGUUCCAGCGUUGUCUACAAGCAGGUCGAAAGCAGUACAGGAAACUGUCGUGCGUUAAAAGUGAUUGAUAAGACCAGGCUGCCUGCCGGGCUCGAUUAUUCCAGGGAAUUAACAGUGAUGGCUGUUUUAGCAAAGGUUCAACCCCUUGACCCUGUAAUGUUCACUCGCUAAUGUUCCAUUACUUUUUAGCACUCGUUGCUGUUUGUCAAAUUCCUUGGAUGGUUCGAAGAUCCCGGUACUUUGUAUAUCGCAAUGGAAUAUCUGGAGAUGGGCGACCUCAGGAAGCAUAUUAGCGAGCCGCUGCCACAAGAGACUGUGCAAAGAAUCACCAAGCAACUUCUCGACGGUUUGGACGUCAUGCAUCAGCGUGGGAUUGCGCAUCGGGAUCUCAAGCCAGAGGUACUACCCUUAUCCAGCUUACUGAUUCCCGGGACCAAGUCCCACCAGAAUAUCCAACCUGACGAAAAAUUCGUAGAAUAUCUUCGUUGUUAAAAUGGCCCCAAUUUGGGUCAAGCUCGGGGAUUUCGGUAUAUCGAAACGGACCCAGGGCGAAACUCGUACGGUUCUCCACACCACGGUCGGAACUCGAAUCUACUCAGCCCCAGAGGUUCUAGGACUAGACUCCACCAGCGAGACAUCGGAAUACACAAACGCCGUUGAUAUUUGGUCGCUCGGAUGUGUUGUAUACGAGCUACUUACGGGGGAAAAGCUAUUUGCUAAUGAGGGCCUAAUAUCUUGGUACUUCUUUGGUAAAUCCCCCUUCCCUGAGCGUAAGCUCAAAAGUUUAUCGCCUGGGAUAAACGAUGCCGGCAUCUCGUUGAUUAAAUCCAUGGUUUCAAUCCAACCGGAUCAUCGCCCCAGCGUGCCAGAUUCGCUGGGCCACACAUGGAUAGCAGACCUUCAGAGCGACACCGAGGACGAUGGCGAAAGCAGCGGGGAGGAUCAAAACAAGGUAUGGCAACCCAACUCGAGCACAUGGCCCACUAUGCCGAAGACCAAUCCUCGCAAUACCAAGCCACAAACCCGGGCCAAGACUAUGGUAUCAAGGGGGGACACCCCCGCAGUGAAGGGUAACUCAAAAAAAUCUUCAAAAGUGACUAAAUUUGUUUCAAGAUUUUUCAAAAGCUCGCCCAAACCCUCUCCGCAGGACAGCAAUCAGAGUUUACCGUCAGCCCCAAGGAGAGUCAAUCACCCCGGUGAACACAACUCAUCAUCAGAGAGCUUUACAGAGUCUUCAGUUCUUCCGCGACGCCAGGCUUAUCCUAAACUCGCUAGCACGCAAAAGACAACGAACCACCUACACCGGCCUUCAUGGUCCUCUUCUCUAAGCUCAGGAGGUGAGGGGAAGAAGCCGAAAGCCCUUAAACGGGGAGACUCAACCCGCGAUGGGGUGUCUGUGGAAGCCCCUAACAGCUUUCCUCGGUAUCAAACACCCAGGUAAAGCUGACCCUCUGAAACCAUCUCUUGGCGAGAACCCAGACCUAACACUUGGCUCAAACGCAGUGAACGGCAUUCACAGAACCUCACCCCAGGUCGAGAUUCCAUUCCAAAUCCUGCGUCACCGACCUGGCCGCCGGAUGAUCCGGCGAAUGAAACACCAAUGCCCUAUCCGCCCCGUAGGCGAGAGACACUUUACAGAGAUAUCGCUAGAGAUACUUUGGAAGACGAUUUCACCGUUAGGCGGCCCGACGAUCCGGAAUCAUCUGAUCUUAGCGCCGACGAACUGGGCCAGCCGUGGGCCCUCCCACAGGGUCACAGGCGCAGGCGAACACCUGGCAGCGAAGCAAGGAGCCUGGAAGUGAGUGAUCAGGAGUCCUCAAACCCAGCCCCCAGAGCACGCCCUUCCUGGGAAACACCGGGGCCAAUCAGGAGGUCUUCCACAAACCACACAAGACCCCCGAUAUCCACCCAAUUGGACAGGCGUCCUAGCUUAUCCCGGAAGAAUAGCUCGGGCUCUAUAGACAGCUUGUUUGCAGAACUCUCUGUGCCAUUUGGCCGCCCUGACACUGCUCCGACCGAUCCACCGGAGCCCAUUGCGAGUGGAGGGAGAAAUAGCUUCAAUACAUUUGACUCGUAUUUGGCGGGGAAUUUGCAGGCAAUAUACGACGUGACGGACCACGACCUGAGGCGAAAAAUACAGAGCGUCUCAUUCACGCCCCGCUUCGACACCAAUUAGGGAGUAUCUGGCUCCUCAAUAGUGUGAGGCAGGGGCGGGGUCGGUGUAUAGGAUCUCGCAUUGAGGUGAAGAGUUGGAGGCCUGCGAUUAAUAUCCCCAAGGUUGUCGAGGGAUCUGCAUGCCGUGUCUAUGUAGACAUCUAUAGGGAAAAUGUAUAGAGACAGGUGUAUUAUGGAGAUAUAGUUCUUUUGACUUUUGCGUUGCAUUUUUCAGCAUUAUUAUUCAUUUGUUUAUUUACGAUACCUGUUCAAACGUCGGAGUAUGGCUUUUCUGGGGGUCGAGAGUCUGUUGGUCUAUGCGGGGAACGAAAUUAAGAUUGCCCAUCACACCGUACUACAACAUGAACUAGGAAGAGGCUCGUGGAAACUUUUCGUUUUUGUUUCGACUUGGGGCGGAGUAGCAUACUGUUGUGAUGUGGAGCAUGGACCGUGCCGGAGGUGGAGGAGAGAUGAUCGUUGAUGCUAGACGAAGAAAGAGAGAAAGCUAUCUAAGAAGGAAAACAUGAAUGCCAACACCCAAAACA